UUUGCCAUCAGUUGAACACAAUAUGCGAUACACAAAGGUAAUGCUAAGUUGCCUGCUCCUAGCAGCUGCUCUGGCGGUAAUUGCGACACCGGCGACAGCCGAGGACAGCCCGGAGCCUGGCUAUCUGCUGUACACGCGACGCAAUCCGCAGACACCACAGCGCAUUGAGCCAGAGGUGGAGACGUUGGUGCGUUCCCCCUUCUACGCCCUGGAGCCCAUUGUCCUGUUGCUGCCCAGCUGGCGCAGCAAUAACUCAGCCGAGCAGCAAUCGAAGCUUGCAACAGCGUUGCUCGAGCGUGAGGCUUGCAACGUAUUUGCCCUGGAUUCAACGGAGUCGCAGACCGAAUCCCAGCUCGUGAACAGUGCGAGUAAAGUUAUCGUGCAGCUGCAUCAACAGUUUGAUGUGCCGCUGGCGAAACAACAACUCGUGGGAUUUGCCGAGGGCGCUCAUCUGUCUGGCGCUGUGGCUGAGCAAGUGCAACAACUGCUUGGCGAGCAAUUCUCACACAUCAUUGCACUCGAUCCCACCGGAGACAGCGUUGAGCUGGCGCAUCAACUCUCGGCUCAGGACGCUGCCUACGUUGAGGUGCUGCACACAAAUGGCAAUGGAUUGGGCACAAUGACCCAACUCGGGGAUGUGGAUUACUAUCCGAAUGGUGGCGAAGAGCAACCAGGCUGCAGCAGCGAUGCCUGCGCCCAUGAACGUGCUCUCGACUUGGCUGUGGAAAUGUGGUCGCCAGCGAAUGAUUUCGUUUGCGCCCUUUGCGGUUCGGUGGACUCAAUGAGUGCCCAGAACUGUCGCUGGUCAUCGCAGCGCAUGGGAGUCGUGGCAACCGGUGGCAACACUCAAAGAGCAGCAGGCAUUUAUUUCCUGGAGACAAAGAGCCAAGCACCCUUCGGCCGGGGUGCAUACUAUAUUGGAUUCUUGUAACGUUGUCAGGCAAUAAGGGCGAAACAAUUAAUAAAGCAAAACAAACGGGAAACGACAAGGCAAGAUACCCUGUAAACAAUACUUAA